AUGUCUGGCCGACCCACCCGCCGUGCCGCUGCGACGAGGCGCGCAGCCAUUAUCGAGUCAGAAGACGAAGAUGAGAUCGCCAGCGCCACACCCAUCAAGCGCCAAGAAGAAAGCGAAGAUGAGUUCACACUGGAGCCAGAGGAGGCUCCGAAACCCCGAGCGACCAGAGGCAGAAGGAAGACAGCCACAUCAGCAGCAACAUCGACACCCCGCCCAGGCCGGCCGCGCAAGAGUGUUGCGCCAUCCGAAGCGAGCGAGGUAAUGGAUCCCGAUGUGACUGCCUCAACGCCUCGUCCAGGUCGUCCACGCAAAAGCGUUGCGCCCUCGGAAACGAGUGAGGUGAUGGAUCCUGACGUGACCGCUACGCCUGCCAUCAAAGAGUCCGAGUCCGCGAUGAAGAAACCUGCAGUCCGAAGAAGAGUCAGGAAGAGCGUGGCGCCGUCUGAAGCGAGCGAGGUCAACGAUGCGGAUAUCACUGCAUCAACACCGCGUCCAGGUCGACCUCGUAGGAGCGUCGCCCCUUCAGAGGCAAGUGAGGUGAUGGACCCAGAUGCUACCGCUACGCCGAUCAUCAAGCAGUAUGAAUCGGCGGUGAAGAAGCCUGCAGUCCGGAGGACAAGGAAGAGCGUCGCGCCACGCAAGGACAAGGAGCCAUCCCCAAGUGCUCAAUCACAGGCAUCGGAAGAUUUGUUGGCCACACCAAAGCCAGCCGCUACACCCGAACCAAAGUCUCCAGGCCGAGGAACGCCACUUGCUGAUAUUACCAACAAGAGCAUCGCCGAUUCCCAGCCUUCUGGUGACGAGAAUGUCACAAUCAAGCCCAUCAAGGCGAUGGAUGCCGUCUUUGAGAAGCCCAUGGAUAUCGUAUUGAAGUCUCGGGCGCAGAUGGCUGUCCCGGUCCCCGAGGAAGACAAGGGCCCGAAGCCUCGCAUAGUCAUCACAUACCUCAUUUUGAACAACUUCAAGAGUUAUGCUGGGCGACAGGAAGUUGGACCUUUCCAUGCUUCCUUUUCCUCAGUUGUGGGACCCAAUGGUUCGGGCAAGUCCAAUGUCAUUGAUUCGUUACUUUUUGUCUUUGGUUUCCGUGCCAGCAAAAUGCGACAAGGCAAGAUUUCCGCGCUUAUCCACAAUUCGGCUGCAUACCCCAACUUGGACCAUUGUGAAGUUGCCGUGCACUUCCAGGAAGUCAUGGACCAGCCUGGCGGUGGUUCCGAAGUCAUUCCAAACUCCCAGAUUGUUAUUUCCCGACGUGCUUUCAAGAACAACUCGAGCAAGUACUACAUUGACGGCAAAGAGUCCAACUUCACUAUUGUUACGACCCUUCUCAGAGACCGAGGCGUAGACCUGGACCACAAACGAUUCUUGAUUCUCCAAGGUGAAGUCGAAUCGAUUGCUCAGAUGAAGCCAAAGGCUGCCAAUGAGCAUGACGAUGGUCUACUCGAAUAUCUAGAAGACAUUAUUGGUACCUCCAAGUACAAAGCCCCCAUUGAGGAGUCAGCUCAAGAAGUAGAGACUUUAAAUGAAGUCUGUAUGGAGAAGAGUGGACGUGUGCAGCAUGUUGAGAAAGAAAAGAAUAGCCUGGAAGACAAAAAGAACAAGGCUCUCGCAUUUAUCCGCGACGAAAACGAGUUGACACUCAAGCAGUCGGCACUGUAUCAGCUUUAUAUCAGCGAGUGUCAAGACAACUUGGAAAUCACUGAAGAUGCAAUCAAUCAAAUGCAAGAGCAACUCAACGCCGAGUUAGAGAAGCACCAGGGUAGCGAGCAGGUGAUCAAGCAGCUUCAAAAAGACUAUGCCAAGGGCAGCAAGGAGUACGAGGCCCAGGAAAAAGAACACCAAGCCCUCGCCAAAGAAGUUGCCAAGUUCGAGCAAGAAAGGGUCAAGUUCGACGAGAAGCGCAAAUUCCUGACAGACAAGCGAAAGAAGCUCGAAAAGACCAUUGCAAAUGCUGAGAAAUCCUCCACAGAUGCUGAUGAGACUAUUGAGCAAUGCAGCGAGGAAAUUAAGACCUCAACUGAAGAAAUCGCAGCUCUUGAACAAAGCAUCCAGGAAGAGGAGGCCGAACUUGCCACUAUUCGCGAGAACUUGAAAGGCAAGACCCAGGUCUUUUCUGACCAGAUUGCCGCCAAACAGAAGUCCCUCGAGCCCUGGAAGGAGAAGAUCAACCAAAAGCAGUCUGCCAUUGCUGUUGCAGAAUCGGAACUCGCCAUUCUCGAAGAGAAGGCCAAUGCUGGCUCGGUUGCACUCGAGGAGAUGAAGAACAAGAUUGCCAGCAUUGAAAAGGGCAGAGCCUCCAAGCUUGCUGAGCUGGAAGAAUGCCAAGCUGAGAAGGCCGAACUCGACGAGGAAGCAAAGACUGUCGAAGCUGGCCUUGAACAAUUCGCCGCCAAGGAACACAUCAUUCGAAACAAGGUCUCCAACGCAAGGCAAAAGGCUGACGAGGCUCGCUCGAGUCUUGCCCAAACCCAAAACCGUGGUAACGUCCUCACAGCUCUCAUGAGAAUGAGAGAAACUGGUCGUAUUGAUGGUUUCCAUGGACGUCUUGGAAAUCUCGGUGCUAUUGAUAAGAAGUACGAUGUUGCCAUUUCUACUGCGUGCGGCGCGCUUGAUAACUUUGUCACGGAUACUGUUGAAGCUGGUCAGCAAUGCAUAGAAUAUCUCCGCAAGACAAACCUUGGUCGUGGAAACUUCAUGUGUCUGGACAAGCUGCGUGUUCGUGGCAUGGAUCCCAUUCAGACACCCGAGGACGCUCCCAGACUGUUUGACCUGGUCAAGGCCAAGGACGACAAGUUCCGGCCGGCCUUCUACCAUGCACUACAGGACACCCUCGUUGCUCAAGAUCUUGCCCAGGCAAACAGAAUUGCCUAUGGUGCCAAGAGAUGGCGUGUUGUCACCUUGGCUGGUGAGCUCAUUGACAAGAGCGGUACCAUGUCCGGUGGUGGUACAACUGUCAAGAAAGGUCUCAUGUCCAGCAAGCUCGUUGCCGACAUCUCUAGGGAACAUGUCACGGAGCUUGAGGAGAGUCGUGAUGUUCUUGAACAGAAAUACCAAAAGUUCCAAGACCAGCAGCGAGAACUUGAGAAUCGCUUGCGACAACUGAAGGAGCAGAUUCCACAGCUCGAGACCAAGAUGCAGAAGAUCAAUCUUGAGAUUUCUAGCGCCGAGAAGAACUUGGUCGACGCUCAAAGGCGUAUCAAGGAGCUUGGAAAGGAACACCAACCCUCUGCGGCUGACGACAACAGAUCGGCUGCUUUGCAGAAGGAGAUUGCCAAGCUUAACAAGGAGGUUGAGAAGCUUCGUGCUGAGACCGAGGAUAUUGAAGCUGAGAUCAAGGAACUGCAGGACAAGAUCAUGGAGGUUGGUGGUGAGAAACUCCGUGCCCAGCGUGCCAAGGUCGAUUCCAUCAAGGAGGAGAUUGCUUCUUACAACGAAGCGGUCUCGGCUGCCGAAGUCAAGCGUGUCAAGGCCGAGAAGUCCAAGACUAAGCUGGAGAAGGACCAUGCCAAGGCUACCAAGGAGCUUACCUCUGCUGUGCGCGAUCUGGAAAAGCUCGAGGCAGAGGUUGAGAACCAGAGCGAGAAGUCUGAAUCACUGCAAGCCAGUGUUGAUGAAGCCGCUGAGGCACUUUCUGCCAAGAAAGAGGAGCUUGCUGGAGUCAAGGCAGAGCUCGACGAGAAAACAUCUGAGCUCAAUGAAACACGCGCUGUUGAAAUCGAGAUGAAGAACAAGCUCGAAGAAAACCAAAAGGCACUUGCAGAGAACCAGAAGAGAUUACGGUACUGGGAUGAAAAGCUUGGCAAGCUGGCCCUUCAAAAUGUCAGCGAUCUUGAGGGCGUAUCCCCUCCGAAGACACCUUCACCUCCCAAGGAGACCCAGGACAGUGAUGGCACACCUGACUCUCCCACGGGCCAACUUGAGCAGGAGGCCGAAGAGGCUUCCAAGCUGGAAGAGGAAGAAGAAGGGGAUACGACGGUGAUUCACCAGCCUAAUGAGCUGCCAACGUACACCGCCGACGAGUUAAAGGACAUGUCAAAGGAGAAGCUCAAGGCCGAGAUUGCCGCGCUUGAGGAGAAGACCCAGAACGUCAACGUCGAUGUCGCCGUCCUUGCAGAGUACCGCCGCCGUGUGGAGGAGCAUGCGGCCCGGUCUUCGGACCUUAGCACCGCAGUUACUACCCGCGAUGCUGCCAAGAAGCGGUGCGAUGAACUACGCCGCUUGCGUCUCGAAGGAUUCAUGGAAGGUUUCAGCACCAUCUCUUUGAGGCUCAAGGAGAUGUACCAGAUGAUCACCAUGGGUGGUAAUGCUGAGCUUGAAUUGGUGGACAGCUUGGAUCCCUUCAGCGAGGGUAUCUUGUUCAGUGUCAUGCCGCCCAAGAAGAGUUGGAAGAACAUUUCGAACCUCUCGGGUGGUGAGAAAACACUGUCGAGUUUGGCAUUAGUCUUUGCUCUGCAUCACUAUAAGCCCACCCCGUUGUAUGUCAUGGACGAGAUUGAUGCUGCGCUGGAUUUCAGAAACGUAUCUAUUGUGGCCAACUACAUCAAGGAGCGGACCAAGAAUGCGCAGUUCAUUGUCAUUUCGCUCCGAAACAACAUGUUCGAGCUCGCAGCUCGCCUCGUGGGUGUAUACAAGGUCAACCACAUGACCAAGAGUGUCACCAUCGAGAACAAGGACUACAUCCGCCGGGGUGCUGCCCAGCGGCCCGCCGGAGGGGCCACGACGACGGUCGGCACAAGUUCAUGA